CGAAGCCUUUCGAGAACUGCAACUUGACGAUUUACCCAAGAGCGACGGCCGCGGAUGCACGGAAUGCGUCGGAGUCGACCCUGGAAGAAGCAGAGCCGGCCAGAGAAACGACCAACUCUCGUAUUUCGACCUGGAGGAUUCCUUGCUCCUUCCGAAGACGGGAUUCUCCUAAUAAGGACCAAUUUGAGUCGUGGCAAAUGCACACCCCCUCCACCAGAUGUCUCCACUCGCCUCGCCUUCCGAUUGGGCUGUCGGACGGCAGUUCGGUCGCAGUCUCGGUUCGGACUCCGUGCCGAGCGGAUCUCCUCCGUCGCGGUCCUCGUCGGAUGUUCUUCGACUCGGGUUUUCUGA